UUAUUUGUAACUUACAGUUCCUGAAUUAUUCUAUAAACACCCUAUACUUUCUAUUAAUUUGAAGGUUAGGCUAAGUAAGAUCUAGCAUAACAACAUCUGAACACAGAAACAUGGGGUCUGAUAAAGAGCAGGGGGUCUUAGUGACUGGAGGGGCCGGAUUCAUCGGAAGUCACACGGUGGUCGAGCUACUUGAGAGAAAUGUUUCGGUGAUUGUUAUUGAUAAUAUGACAAAUGCUACUGCGAGUAAAGACGAAGAAGAACUUCCGCCUGUUCUACAACGAAUCAAAAAGAUUGUUAAUUCACAACAAGGUGAAAAACUUCAUUUUGUCAAAGGAAGUUUUGGUGAUGUUGAACUGCUCGAAAAAAUCUUCACAAAAUAUGCAAUAUCAGCAGUUAUCCAUUUUGGUGGCUUCAAAGCAGUAGGAGAAUCAAAAGAGUUGCCAAUGAUGUAUUAUAGUAAUAAUGUUGGUGGAACUUUGAAGUUGAUACAAAGUAUGCAAAAGCACAAUGUAACGAAUAUGAUAUUUAGUAGUUCGGCUACGGUUUACUCUGCUCCCGGUCCAGACGAUUUGCCUUUGAGUGAGAAAUCACUGACUGGAAAUUGUACCUGCCCAUAUGCCAGCACUAAAUUCUUCAUUGAAAAUAUCUUGCGUGAUCUUUGCUAUGCUGACAAAAAUUGGACAGUGAUAUCUCUACGUUAUUUCAAUCCUGUCGGUGCUCAUGCUUCAGGUGAAAUUGGUGAAGAUCCAAAAGGCAUUCCUAAUAAUUUAAUGCCUUUCAUUGCACAGGUUGCUGUCAAACGUAGAGAGCAUCUCAACAUUUAUGGGAAUGAUUACCAAACGAAAGAUGGCACUGGUGUUCGUGACUAUGUCCACGUUGUUGAUCUUGCCAAAGGACACACAGCAGCCUUAGACGUGUUGCCUAAAAAGAAUGGGUUUCAUACCUACAACCUAGGUACUGGUAUCGGAACUUCUGUUCUUGAAAUGUUAAAAUAUUUCGGUGAAGUUGUUGGAAGAGAAUUACCUUACAAAAUAUGUGAUAGGCGUCCUGGUGACUUAGCAGUAAUGUACUGCGACGCAUCAUUAGCUGAGAAAGAGCUAGGUUGGACUGCAACAAAGAGUGUUAAAGAAAUGUGUGAAGAUUUAUGGAAAUUUCAAUCCAAAAAUCCAAAUGGUUAUUUACCGUGAUAAUUUUGAAAAAAAAAAAAUUUACUGUAUUUUUUAAUCCAUGACUAAAAUGAAUUUUUAGCCUGCCGGUCCUGACCGUACCACCGUAUCUAUAUAUAAGGUGUGCCGCGUGUGCGUUAUAUAAAUCAUGCUAUUUUGCAUAGUUAGCGCAUUGCCCAUGUUUGUUUACAUUAAUUUAAUUCAACCAUUGUUUACCUCAAUUAUCAUGUUUUAGAUGUAAUUAUUCCUCAAAAUCAAAUUAUUCUUCAAUUUCCAAUAAUUUAUUAUAUACUCUUUCUAUGUUAUACUUAAUUGGUAUCCACAUACUUCAGUGAGACCUGUUCUGACUCUCAUUAUAUAAAUUUUUCAAUUCCAUCACACUUGACCUAGAGAACUAACAAUCAUUGUUCUUUGGUGCAAUUCAAUAAUAUAUAUGGCCUGAGAUGUGACCAAGAAACGACUUGAUUAAGCAAUUCGACCAUAUUUGUUUUUAUUUGUCAAUAAUACCAUUAUAAUAAUAUUUCAAUUACAUUUUGAAACGGUACCCUAUUAUAUGAAGUUUUCAUACGAAAGUUUUUAUAUUUAGCUAUUAGUUUUGUUUUUAAACAUUUUGAAUUUGUAUGUGUUACAAAUUAUGAUGCACCCAAUUUUACUUAAAAACAAAAUUCCUGAUUUUUUAUUUCUUACUCUGCUAGACAAGAAUGAAAUUCUCGGCCAUUUCUGAUACAAUAUUUGACUGAUAAAUUGUUUUAUUUUUAAAAAAGCUUGUUUAAAGAUUCCUGCUAACAAAAGCUAUACCCUUUUCCGACAUUCAAAUUGUUCCGACGAAGCUACCAUUAUAUCUUCAAUUAGCGAUGCUAUAAAUGUUUUUAUUUUAUAAUUCUUCAAUCGCAUGCGUAGAAAAUUAUAUAUGUUUAUGAUAUUAUAUUCCUAAUUUUAUUUACUCGUUACUGUACUACAUUAGUAAGUUAAGUUGUCAAAUUCAUGCAGUUACUCUAUUCUUUGCACUAUUAGUUUUAUUGAUUUUUAAAGAAGCUAUGGUCCAUUUUGGAAAUGAUUAUCAGUAAAAUUGAACCCAAACAGCGCCAUGCAUAAAAAAUCGAUAAUUAUGGAUGUCUAUCUCGAUAAUUGUAUUCUGCAAAUCUACAUUUCCAUAUAAUGAAUGGUUUUGUCGAUGUUUUUGAACAUUUACUGAUGCAAAGUUUAUAACCAAAUAUUUCAUCAAAACUGUACCUCGGUCUUCAAAAAAUUUUACUAUCAUACUGAUAUACAUACGCUGUUUUUAGGUAAUUUUAAUAAUUGCUAGAUCCUUCAAAUAUAUAUUAGUACACAAUC